AUGUCAGCAGGAAUCCCAGUACGACUACUAAACGAAGCCCAGGGCCACAUCAUCACCAUUGAACUCACCAACGGCGACACCUACCGAGGAAAACUUCUCGAAAACGAAGACAAUAUGAACUCGUCCCUCUUUGACGUAACAAUCACAAAUGGACGUAAUGGCACUUCAAAACAUAUGGACCAGGUAUUUGUUAGAGGCAGUAUGAUCAGGUUCGUGUCGGUGCCUGAUAUCUUGAGACAUGCGCCUAUGUUUUACAUGAAGCCUGGUGAUAAGCCCAAGCCUCCUAUCCGAGGACCACCUAGGAAACGAAGAAAGUAUUGA